AUGAAGGUUGAUGAUAUCAACAAAACUAUCUUAAAAGAGAGUGAUGAAGAAGAGAAAGAAGAUGAACCAAAACAGUCUAAAUUAAAAUAUGUCAUCAUGAUCCUUGGGUGUCUCUUAAUGUUUGGAAAUAAUUAUUCAUUUGAUAAUCCCUAAGCACUUCAAAAAUAAUUAACUAAAGAUCUAGACAUAUCCAUCUCAAAUUAUAACUUAUUAUAUUCUGCAUUCUCAUUUCCAAAUAUUUUUUUAACUUUGAUCGGAGGAAUAAUCAUAGAUUUUUUGGGUAUAAAUCCUAACUCAAUAUAAGGUGUUAGAUUUGGAAUCAUUCUCUUUAGUGCCAUCAUAGUUGUGGCUUAGACUAUUGUAGCAUUGGGAGGAGCAUUUAAAAUAUUCUGGAUCAUGUUAAUAGGAAGAAUAAUAUUUGGAUGUGCAUCAGAGAAUUUAGUGAUAGCAUAAGCAGCCAUCAUAGGAAAGUGGUUUAGAGGAAAAGAGUUGUCGACUGUAUUGAAUUAUAACAAUCUAUAUUUUAGGCCAUUGGUUACAUCAUGACCGUACCUGAAUUAGCUAGUGCUGCUAACUCUUUCCUUACUCCAAUCCUCUAUGAAUCUUAUGAGGGAUUAGCUUAUCCACUGUUUUUUAGUGUGAUCUUGUGUGUCUUUUCAUUCGUAUGUGCAGUAGUCUUAUGUAUAUUGGAUAAAAAGAAUGAACUUAAUAAGCUGAGUAUAUUUUUAUAAUAUGUAGAGGGCUAAUUUAUAAUUGAAGAAUAAGAAGAGGAGGAAGGUGAAGAAUAGAAAGAUGAUAUAGAGAGAGUAUCCUUUAAAGAUAUAAAAAAUUUAAAUGGAACAUUCUGGAUCUUAGUUUUAAUUUGUACUUUAACAUUGGGAUCCUAUAUUCCAUUUCUUGAUGACGCCAACGACUUUUUAUAAGAAAAAUUUCAAUUCACGAAUGUGUAAGCAGGAAAGGUCUUGACUAUACCAUAUUUAAUGGCAGGUAUUCUUGAGAUAAUUUAGCUAUCACCAGUCCCUUUUUUGGGCCAUACAUAGACAAAGUAGGGAAAAGAAGAAAAUUCAUUUUAAUAACAUGUGUUCUAUUCACUCUAACCCAUUUUGCAUUCGGAAUCAUGCCUAAUGGAGAGCAUGGAUCACCUAAUUGGUUUUCUAUUAUACCUUUGAUGUUCUUGGGAUCCAGUUAUGCCUUAUAUUCCUGUGUGUUAAUACCAUCCAUAUAGUACAUUGUUGCAGAAAAAGUAGUAGGAACAGCAUUCGGUUUAUUAGGAAUGUUUGAGAGCGUUGCCUUGGCUUUCUUCCCUAUAUUAGCAGGUUAUAUUGUUGAGAAAUCUGAUAAUCCUGAAAUUGGAUAUUCCAACGUUGGAUUCUUCUUUUCAGGUAUCUCAUUUUUCGGAAUCAUAUUUACACUCUCCUUAUAUUUUUUUGAUAAGAAGGGUUCAAUGGUCUUAGAUUUUGUGAAUCCAGAGGAUCCUUCUGAAUUGGAAAAGAAAAUGCUUAGAACUACUAAAUCUGAAUCCAGUAGCGACGAUGAGGAUGAUGAAUCAAGUGAGGAAGAUUCAGAUGAUGAUUAGUCAAAGGUGAAAAAGGUUUGUAAGAGUUAUGCUAGUUUGAAAAGUAAGAAGCUAUUAACAUCUCCUCUACUUAGAAGUAGAAGCUUAUACAAUUGA